AUGAGCAAAGACUUUGUGACAGUCGAUUACUUCUCUCACAGCUGGGACGGCUCAGAUCUCGGCUGUGCUUCUCAAGAACUCAAACGACAAAUUUCUGAGGUUCGACGCAAACUCAUUACCGCUGAACACGACCUCGAAGCCCAGCAUGACUCGCUGCACCAAUGGGGCCUUGGCUCGCCAAAGACGGCUAGUCGCGCACUCUCCACCUUGUCCAAAGAGAAGCAUCGCUUGCUGAGCGACGAGUACCGGUUAGCGCGGCUCAACAACAUCUCCUGGCGACAGCACAAAGCAAGCUUGCCAAACGCGCCCAAGAUUGAUCCCAUUACUAUUAACUGGCAAAAGAAUUCAGACGUCAUUUGGCUAUACGGUCCACUCUUUCGACGGAAUGAGAACGAUACUGAUUUUGAGAACCGGCUCGGAUGCGGCGGCAUUGCCAACAACCAGCAGCAGCAAGCUCAACAAGCCGAUCAAACAUCGCCGUCUUUAAAACCAGCGCUUUGCAGACGUAAUUUGACAAAAGAAGAAUAUGUGCACAAACUGCUAGGCGAGAAGGUUUUGAAAAAGUACAAACGACGAAGCUUUCCAAUGGUGGAUCGAACUGUGGAUUUGGCAGCACUAGAUGAUGGCAGCAGCAGCAGUAGCAGUAGCAGCAAUAAUCCCAAAAAGAAGGAGCUUCGCUUUAAACCCGACGUUUUGGAAUACAUCUACCACGCUGAUGUACCCCUUCUGAAUAACAAUCUGCGCCGCGAUCCUUCUACACGAGGUCGACCGGAUCCACGUAAAGCAGCCUCCAACAAUGGGAGUUCACGAGGUGCAUCAUCAGCAGCACAACGGGCCAAAGCGCUCCUCCUAGCUGCGCGCUCCUCUUCGUCGUCUUCGUCACCGCCAGAGAAAACAACAACAUCAAGAUCACCAGUAUCGUCAACACCAGCAUCUCCACCCCCCACGAGACCAUCAUCACCACCCCGCCAUAAGCGAUCGCCGAUCAUGCCACCAAGUCCUCCUUUAUCUCCCUCAGAUGAAGGUUAUAUCAAGUUUCAUUCAAACGAUACACGCUCCUCUGCCCCUGUCAACAGUAUACAUGUACGGUCACCAGCAACAUUGACUCAGAAGGAACAGGAACAACAACAAGGAAGCGGGUGGCUAUGGUCAUUCUAUUCAGCAUCGCCACCGAUACAGCAGCAGCAAGAAGAACAAAGCGCUGUCGAGUCCAUUCCAAGCCUUUGCGCCAAUCUCUUUUCGCUAUCGGCCGAAAUGCUGACUUUGAUGGGGACAGUGGCCGUUUACAAAGGUGUUAGCUACGGACUAGGAUGUCCUGCAUCCCAGCAACAGGCUCGGGCAGCUGCUGUUGCGGCUGCUGUUAACCGAUCCAACCUUUGCUCAAAAUAA